GUUAUGCGACAACAGCAGCAAAGCCUCAAAACCAACCGUUGUCAAAUCAGCGGCUCGUUUUUUCGUGAGUUUAUGACUGCAGAACCGCGAUGACGAGUCUACUUCUAGCCUAGACCCGACAUCGGGUCAUCCGAGUUUUUAGCAUUAUUCCUUGAAGUGUUUCUUUUUAACCAAGAAGUUCCGGUUGUUUUUUUAUUAUUUAUAUCCUUACUUUUUUUCGAGAUUGUGAAUCACAAUGCCGAGCGAGCAGACCAACUUCAACGGGCUCAACACCAACUUAGACAUGGACUACGACCUUAAAAACGAAGAUGAUUUCUUGGACCAGUUUAACGCUGAUUUUGACUUACUUCUUCCUGGCGAUGAUCCCCUUGACGCUAAAAUGUCGCUGGACAGCGAUUUCCUCAACUCGUUGAUGCAGGACGACGAUCCAUGGCCUGACAUUAUGCCAAACAUUUCGGAUAUCGCCGACAAUGGUUCGGUGGAUAAUGAUUUUCAGAUUAAGAGGGAGUCAAUAUCACCUGUUGACUUUCCGAUAAGCUUAAGCUCUGAAUCCUCUAAUUCCUCAGAUGUAAAGUUUCAUCUGGAAACGCCACCAGUGUCUCCACCAUUUUCGGAAAGCCCCAAUCAGACGGGCAUUAAUUUAAUUCCGACGCAAAACAAAAUAAAGACAGUCCUUAAAAUCAACCCAAACAACAUCAAAAUCAUUCCCAAUUUAAAAUGUUUGAAACCAGUCGGAAAGCAGACCCAAGUCGUACUUCCAAAGGAAAUUUUCCAAAAGGUCAUAAAUCUCAAGACCAAGACUGAAGCAGAGACGACAAAAACUAUAGCGCCUUUGUCGGUCUCGCAAAUCAAUUAUCCCAAGCCGCUUAUAAUGCCGAAUAAGAUAAAUCCCCUGCAAUCGACCGCAUUAAAAAACACUGUACAUACCAGCAUCCCUACUUGCACAGUGACAACGCCGAAUCCAAUCUUGCCAUACAUUAAACAGGAAAAUGAUGUCCGGCUGAAGAAAAACGACAUAAAUAUCAAAGCAUUAAAAAGGCAACAGAGAAUGAUCAAAAAUCGUGAAUCUGCCUGUCUUUCAAGGAAAAAAAAGAAGGAGUAUGUUACAAAUCUUGAAGCGAGGCUUUCUGAUUUAGAACAAGAAAAUUCCAGACUUAAAAUGGAAAAUGACACAUUGAGAGCAAGGAUAAAAGAGCUCGAAACAGACUUUCCGCACAGAGAGAAGACGAAAACCCUUUUAAACACAAAUUUGAGAAAGACGACUGCUGUCUUCGCCGUUUUUCUCAUGAUUUCUCUAAAUAUCGGAUCAUUGAGCAUGCUGUCAAGAGAUGUUCCUGUAGAAUUUAAGCAAAAAAGUGAUACCGGAGGCGCCCACCGUGGUAGAUCUUUACUCUGGGCUUCGAUAGACGUCUCAGAAAAACCUGUAAAUACGAGCACGAUUCCUAAAACGACUUGUCCUUUGUACAUAAACCAGUCGGAAUCCAUUAGGCUAGAAGAAGAGCUAAGAAGAUGGAUCGCUGUCGACGUGGGAAACGGCAGAUAUUUGAAUUCUACAAGAGUAAAUUCGAAGAAAGCCAAAUCGAAAAUCUUCCCAAGGCACUAUGUGGUUCAAACCCCCCAGAGGUUUAAAUCGUCAAAAUUAUUCAGAUCGCAAAGAAGAAUCGUGCACGCCUUGGAUGUAUACAGAGCACCGUUUCCAGGGUCCCUUCCGAGAAGAGACGAUACAUUUUAUGUUGUUUCUUUUUCAAGCGAUCAUCUUCUGAUACCAGCAGUUGCGCACAACAACACACUUCGUCCCAAAAUGUCUUUUGUAAUUCCAACUAUCCCUCUAAAUGAUUCUGUCAUCAUAAAUGGAAGCAUACCGAUGAUGCAAAUCGAUUGUGAGGUCCUAGCAACGAGAUCGAUCGAAUUUACAGAAGAAGAUUUUAAGAUAUUUAAAUCCCAAGGGGUCGUACAAAGAAAUGAUAAUAAUUCAGCACAUGUUUCAGUGACUGUACCAUCUUACAAGCCGUACUUCUUGCAAAAGCAGCGUCCUAAACCAAAUUCUGAGUACGACACAAAUUUCGACACUUAUUUAAACAGCGUAUACAAAGCUGCGUUUCCUUGAGCGGCAUGCGUUCUGUUCAUAACGUUUGAUCUCAAUUUUGUAUUAACGAGUCCAUGAACCUGUCGACGAUGAUGUGAUGAUAGUGUGCAUUUGUUAAUACGAGACAAUUUUUGUACAGGCUUGUGUAAAUGUACAGUAUUAAAGAAUUUUUGGCCAAGGAAGUUCUAAAAAGUGAAAAAAAAGCACAAACUGUACAAGUUCCAGCAAAGUAGCUUUUGUAGUGUAUAAGUGAUACUCUUAGGCAUGAAAGCAUGCACUCUUGACCUACAACACUG